CAAAUUUGGUCCUUGACACUCUAAAACUACUGUAGACAAAAGGAAACAAAAAUGGAAAACAGUAGUAGUAGGUCGGAGCAGACAGUUGAAGAUGGGAAACUGUAUAGACACCUCAAUUCUCUUAUCGUCGCUCAUCUUCGUCACAACAAUCUCACUCAGGCUGCAACUGCUGUUGCUUCAGCGACCAUGACACCAUUCAAUGUACAAGCUCCGCCCAACAAGCUUCUUCAAUUGCUUUCUAAGGGUCUUGCAGCGGAAAAGGAUGACUUGCCAAGAGGGAUUUCAUCUUCUCCUUUUCAAGAUUUGGGUGCAUCAUUGCCCUUGCCUCGUCCCGGUGCAACAACCAUUGAUUUCAGCUCUUUGUCAGAUAUAAAAGGUUCGUCAAAAAGUUUCCCAAAGCAUGAAACACGACACCUUUCAGAACACAAGAAUGUUGCCAGGUGUGCUAGGUUUAGUCCUGAUGGAAGAUUUGUUGCCACUGGAAGUGCAGAUACAUCAAUAAAACUAUUUGAGGUUUCAAAGAUCAAGCAGAUGUUGCUCCCAGAUGCAAAGGAUGGUCCUGUGCGGUCUGUAGUAAAAACAUAUUAUGACCAUAUACAGCCAGUAAAUGAUCUGGAUUUUAAUCCGCAAGGUACUAUCCUGGUUUCUGGAGCCAAAGAUCAGACAAUAAAGUUUUUUGAUAUUUCAAAAACCAACGCCAAGAGGUCAUACAGGGUUAUCCAGGACACGCACAAUGUUCGCUCUGUAUCUUUUCACCCCUCAGGAGACUUUCUGUUAGCAGGCACUGAUCAUGCAAUUCCACAUUUGUAUGAUAUAAAUACCUUUCAGUGCUAUCUGUCAGCAAAUAUCCCAGAUGCUAACCCUAAUGGAGCCAUCAACCAGGUUAGAUAUUCUUGUUCAGGUUCCAUGUAUGUUACAGCAUCGAAAGAUGGUGCGAUUCGGUUGUGGGAUGGCAUCACUGCCAAUUGUGUGCGCUCAAUAACUGCAGCACAUGGAACAGCAGAGGCUACUAGUGCAGUUUUUACAAGCGAUCAAAGGUUUGUCCUCUCCUGUGGGAAGGAUUCUACCAUAAAGCUUUGGGAGGUUGGCUCAGGCAGAUUAGUCAAACAAUAUCUCGGCGCCAUACACACACAACUGAGAUGUCAGGCUAUUUUCAAUGCAACAGAAGAAUUUAUUCUCUCCAUAGAUGAACUGAACAACGAGGUCAUUAUCUGGGAUGCGAUGACAACAGAAAUAGUAGCGAAAUGGCCUUCUAAUCAUGUUGGUGCACCGCGCUGGCUUGACCACUCCCCUGUAGAGUCUGCUUUUAUUUCAUGUGGAACUGAUAGAUCAAUUCGAUUCUGGAAGGAGGUUUAAUUUAUGAGAAAUGCUAGGGUCACACCCUCUAACAAACUACAAUGAUAAUUAGCCACAUCAUCUCCUCUUUUUAAAUGCUAUAACCUUAGCCGGUUGUACCAAGUUGCUAAAGUUAAAAAAUGAAAAACUGGUGCUCUUUUUGUUUUUCUCCGUCUUUGAAUUAAAACAUGAGGCUCUUGAGUUGAGUUGGUUAGAAGAGGAAGAGAGUUGGUGUUGUUUGUUUGAUGCAAAUAAGGCGAGGAAGGGACAAACUUACAAUCAAUUAUUUCAAUUCAAUUUCCGUUCCUUUCAAUUCCUUUCCGCAUUUUCACCGUAAUCAAAUCGUUCAAUUUUGCAGACAAAUUUCAUUAUCAAUUUUUGCAUUAAAUCAUUCGUAGUUGGCACAAUGAAUUUUCUGAUGUGUCGAGUGUGUACUCAGAGCGCACACCGUUUCCAGAACCUCAUAUUGAUGUGCGUCAGAGUCAGCAUCCUCUGGAUCUUCUUUUGAGUCUCAUAAAUUUAGUUAUAAUGUUGAUUUGAAUUCAAAGUAUCACGAUUUGCUGAUUCUAAAGAGGAUGAACAACAAGAAAGUCAGGGAGAAAGACAGAGAAAAAUAGUCCCAGUUUUUAUUUUUAUUUUUUAACUUUGGCAACUUGGUACAACCGGUUAAGGGUAAAGCAAUCAGAAAGAGGAGAUGAUGUGGAUAACUAUAAUUGGAGUGUUUCAAAAAAGCGUGUUAGAGCGUUCAAAAAGUGUUAGAGGAUAUGACCCUAGCACAUUGGAGUGUGUUAAUUAACGAGAUCAAUGAAUAAAAUUUAAUUCAGAAAAUCUCUAUCACCCAGUUUGAUGUGUACUAUGUUACCCUGCAAAAUCAGUAAAUGCAUUUACUGCAUAAAGUAACAACUGUUUGUUUCAGUCCUGUUUGGACCAACUUAGAGUAAUUAAUUAUAGCUUAAGAAGA